GUUUUCACUACUGAUAAUCUCAGUUCUUGGCUGUCUGUCUUUGCGUGAAGAGUUAUAAUAAGACAUUUGACAAGCGAGUAAAAUCUUUUAUCAAAUCAGAUCAAAAGUUGUUUGAUUAAUGUUAUCUUUUCAAUAUUCUCGUGCAUUUCAGUGAAGAAUCCAAUGUGAUCGAAUUUGUUUUCUAAAAGUGGUUAAUUAAAAAGCAAUCAAGUCUUUUAGUUCAGCUACAGAAAAGUAUAAACAAGUCAAAAAUGGAAAACUGUUUAGCACAGAUGAGUUGUGGUGUAACUGGAGGUGGAACAGCAAGUUUACUUUUUACACAUCUAAUGCAAACUCUGUUGACAGCACAAUGCGCUCUAAAUACCGACAAUUUAUAUCCACCUGACAGAACAUCGGAAAUUGUUUCGGAAAAUUUGAAUUUUGAUUUUAUAGUAGUUGGAGCAGGAACAGCAGGUUCUGCCCUAGCUAGUCGAUUGUCAGAGAAUAAAAAUUGGAAAGUACUUUUAGUUGAAGAAGGUAAAAAUCCAUCAGCUGUUAGUCGAAUUCCAGCAUUUUUCUUUUCUCUAUUUAAAACCGAGGAAGAUCAUGGUUAUAAAACAGAAUCAAGUAAUGAUUAUUGUCGUGGACAACAAGAUAAAAGUUGUUAUUGGGCAAAAGGUAGGGCACUAGGUGGAAGUUCUGCGAUAAAUGCAAUGUUAUAUAUUCGUGGUAAUCAGAGGGAUUAUAAUCAAUGGUCAGAAAUGGGAAAUACAGGUUGGAGCUAUGAAGAGGUUUUGCCUUAUUUCAAAAAAUCUGAAGAUUAUACACCGGAAUUUAUUGCUAAAAAUGGUAAUAAGUAUUUUGGUACCGGUGGUCUUUUACGUAUUCGGAAAUACAAUUAUACAACUUCUUCAUUUCCUGAAAUAUUCACGGAGGCUGCUCGCGAAUUGGGAAUUCCAAUUUUGGAGACAUUUAAUGGAGAAUCUCAAAUAGGUUAUGGAAAUUCUGACGCUACCAUUGACAAUGGACUGCGAUACAGUGUGGGACAAGCUUUUCUCUCAGCAGCAAAGGAUAGGAAAAAUUUAUAUGUCAUGAAAUCGACAAAAGGAGAAAAAGUCAUUAUGUCAGGAAAUAGGGCAAUUGGUGUACAAUUAAAAUUAAAGAAUGGUCAAAUUUUUGAAGCUAAAGCCUCUAAGGAAGUAAUUUUAUCAGCUGGUAGUAUUGCCAGUCCACAAAUAUUAAUGCUCUCUGGUAUUGGUCCCAGUGAACAUCUUAAAGAAAUGGGAAUUAAAAAUGUUAUCAAUUUACCAGUGGGACAACAUUUGGAAGAUCAUACAAUGAGUUAUGGUGUUAUUUUGACUUUUAAUAAUAAAACAGCACCUCCAGUUAAACCUACAUAUAUUUUAGAUGAGCUUUAUAAAUUUUUAAUUCACAGAAGCGGUGAUUUAGCAGCAACGGGUGGAGCACACUUUAUGGGUUUUGCGAAUGUACAUGAUAAAUAUGCAAAAUAUCCAGAUAUUCAAUUUCAUCAUUUUCAUGUGGCAAAAGGACAAUUAAUUCAAUUGGAACCUAUAAUUAAUGGAUUGCACAUGUCAUCUGAAGUUGGUGAUGAAAUGAGAAAAUUAAUACAAGAAGGUGAUUUGAUUUUUGUAAUAACAACUCUAUUAAAUCCAAAGAGUUUAGGUGAACUUAAAUUACGUAGUUCAAAUCCAAAUGAUGGAUUGAGAAUAAUUUCUAAUCAAUUAAAUCAUCCGUAUGAUAUGGAAACGAUGAUUAAAUCUGUUGAAUAUUUGCGUUCAUUUUUGAAGACAAAAGCUUUUCAAGAAAUUGGAAUGAAAUUGGUGAAUUUAAAUAUUCCUGGAUGUGGUCAUACAAAACCUGAUUCUGAAGAAUAUUGGAAAUGUAAUUUUCAACAUACUGGUACAACACUCUAUCAUCCUGUGGGAACAACAAAAAUGGGUCCCACUGAUGAUCCAGAAGCUGUUGUUGAUCCAAGACUCAAAGUUUAUGGAGUUAAAAAUCUAAGAAUUGUUGAUGCCUCAAUUAUGCCAAAAGUUCCAAGUGGAAAUACAAAUUCUCCAUCGCUUAUGGUGGGAGAAAAAGCUGCCGAUAUGAUUAAGGAAGAUUGGAAUUCAAAGGACGAAUUAUAAAAUAUUUUUAUUAUAUUAAUUUACAUUAAUAUUACUUAUUAGAAAUUAUAUUUCUGUGUUUACUAAAGAUUUUUACAUUUUAGGGAAAAGUAAAUUAAGACAUAAAAUUUAAUAACAAAAAAUUAAAUUUUUCAUUAAAGUAAUCAACUUUGAAAGAAGUUUUAGUGGAUAAUUUGAUUCUUGUCUAAUUUGUAAAAUUUCUUGUUUUAAUUUUCAAUUUUUUUCUCACACAAAACUAUUGAUUGUUUAACAAUUAACAGAAUAUAAUGUUUUAUUUUUAAUAACAAUAUUGUAAAUAAUCAAAAUAAAUUUUUUUUUGAUAUUUUAAUGAUAAUUUUAAGUAAAUAAUUUGAGAUGUACAUAAUUUAUAUUCAGAUCAGUAGUUUAUGGAUUAUUAAAAUAUAAUAUUUAACAUUAAAAUCUGUGAAUUUAAAAACUUUCUCCUUGAUAAAAUUGUAAUUUUAUAAUUUUUACGAUUAAAAUUUUGGACAGAAUAUAUUUUUUUAAUCAAUUUAAUAAUUUUAAUAUAAAAUUUUGUACAUUACAAUUUGUAAAUUAAAUUAAAAAGAGAAUUGUAAUUAUUUCCAAUAUCUCCUCUUCUAUGUAUUGAUUCUAAUGGUUACAUAUAGUAUAUUUACAUAGUAUAAACGAAGGCAUGUAUUAUACAUUAACAAACAACUGAUUGUUCCAUAGAAAUUUAUUUAUAAUUUCAAUUUCGUUUAUAUUGCGAAAUCAAAUUUUAUAUAAAAAAAAAAAAAUUAAUUAUUAUUAUUAAGUAAAUAAUUACUUAAUUAUAAAUUCUCAACAAUAAUUUUGAUAAGAAUUUUUUUCUCGUGAUUCUUCUUUUAUAUACUUGGAUUUUAUACUAUAUAAAUAUAGAGUAUAUGACCUUAUUAAAUUUCAAAGUUAUUUAAAAAAAAAAAAAAGAAAUUUUUUUUUCUCGUUUCUUCUUUUUAUAUAUUGAUUUAAAAGUCGCGUAAUAUAUUAUUGAUAUGGAGAGUGUUUCAUAUUGGUUUAGGACUUUAUAUUUUAUAUUAAUUUCUUUAUGUAUAGUCACCCCCUCCCCCCCCCUCAAGGACUUUUCAAAGAUAAUAAUAAUUUUAAGAAAUAAAAAAAAGUACGUAAAAACUUUUUAUAGAAUAUAAAAUGUCUUUCUUAUGGCCUAUGGUUUAUAUAUUUGCGAGAAAAAAAAAUAUUAUCAUUUUUCUAUAUGUUUGAAAAAAAAAUGUUAACUAAUUGAAAAUUAUUAUAUUUAUUUUUAUUUAUUUACAAUAUACUUGGAAAAUUUAAUAAAAGAUAAUAAAUUGAUAAAAGAAAUUAAAUUAAUUAAUUAUUAUAUAAUUUUUAAGAUAUUUAAAAAUUUAAUUUUUAAUUAUAAAAAAAUACUAUGCUAUAUAUUAUAUAUAUUUUAUACUCUACAUACUUUAUAUUUGAAAUUCGAUUGAAAAUUUCUAUUUUCCAAGAAUUUCUUGCAUAUUUAUUUACGAGUAUAUAUAUAUAUAUAUAAAAGGCGAACCCCUCACAUAUAUAAGAAAUAGUCUAUAAAAUUAUAAUUCAUUGUGAGGGUGGAUUUUAAAUUGACUUACAAUUUUUCGUUGAGAUAUUUUCUAUUGUACAGGGGUUGAUAUAUAUGUAUAUUGUUAGUAGCAAUAUAUAGAAACUGCAUAUAUAUAUCUCAUUAUAUAUGCUCAGUUUUCAUAAUUUAUAAUAAUCUAAAUGAAAAGAGAAGGACGAGCUUUUGAAAAUUAUAUAUAUGAAAAUAUAUGAUAUUUAACAUGUCUAA